AGUCUAACUUACAUGAAAAAAACAAUUAGAGUAAGGAUUCCACCUUUUUGGGAAAAGAGAUUACGUGUGUGCAUUCCUGAAAAGGCUUCAGUCCAGAAAGGCGUCCAAUUCCAUGCACACGAUUGCUCCUCAACUCCACACUCUCCCCUCAACACACGCAUCUUUAUAAUCCACAAUUCCCACAAUCACAAACAAUUACCUCUUCCCCCCCGUCUACUCUACUCUACUCUUCUCCACUCCCUCUUUUCUGUUUUCUUCCGAUUGUUCUCACCGCUGAUCGUCAGAUCUACCCGCCGCUUCGACACUGUGUAUAUAAGCGUGCCUGGGUUUUGCUAUUAUAGAGACGUGAGAUUGGAUUAGAACCACACAGUGCACGAGGCACUGUUGAACAUUGUAUAAGGGAUUUUUGUUCUCGUCCUGUCGAGGAGUUGGUAUGCCAGGUUGAUGUUUUCCCUUACCAUAUAGUGUUUUUAAUUUCAUUCAGCCUGCCUGAUGGUAUGAAUCUCAUGAUAGGAGAUGGGCCCUUGUGGGGUACUCAUAAAUCAAAGUGUUCCUACUUGCUUGCGAGGAUCAUUUUUGCGUCGUGAGCUGUGAAACCUUAACUGUCUUACUAACCUCUCUUAAUAAUAAGAGUUUUGAGAACAUGGAUGGACAUUCCAAUAACUUUCGGCACGAGAAAUGCCAGUCUUAUUUGCUUUUCCAUUACGAAACUAAGCUUGGAGAUGGUUUUCGGUGCUUCUUGUAUUUUCUGGCUCUUGCCUACUGUUUUAUUGGAUUAUCUGCUAUAACUGGUCGUUUUUUCCGGUCCAUGGAAAACGUGGUUAAGCAUACUAGAACUGUGAAGGAGAGAGAUCCUUGUACUAAUGCCAUGGUUGUCAAAUACAAAAAGGUUUGGAAUUACGCAAUAGCUGACAUUGCGCUGCUGGCAUUUGGGACUAGCUUUCCUCAGAUUUCUUUGGCAACAAUUGAUGCAAUAAGGAAUCUUGGAAACUUGUAUGCUGGAGGUUUAGGUCCUGGAACACUUGUUGGCUCUGCUGCUUUUGAUCUAUUUCCCAUCCAUGCUGUCUGUGUUGUUGUUCCUAAAGCUGGAGAACGCAAAAAGAUAUCAGAUAUUGGAGUUUGGCUUGUAGAGCUUGUUUGGUCUUUCUGGGCUUACAUCUGGCUUUACAUAAUAUUAGAGGUAUGGACGCCGAAUGUCAUUACACUGGCAGAAGCUUCAUUGACAGUGCUGCAAUAUGGUCUACUGCUCAUGCAUGCCUAUGCGCAAGAUAAGCGUUGGCCCUACGUGUCUCUGCCAUUAACGAGAUCAGAGAGGCCUGAAGACUGGGUACCACCAGAAACUGGUCAAUACCGGGAUGGCAAUAGGAGUCAUGAUAAGUACUCCGAAAUGCAUGAAAUUGAUGACAAAGAUAGAAAUCAGGACAUUGUUGACAUUUUCUCUAUACACCGUAACACAGUCAUUUGUUCAGUUUCGUCCACAACUGCAGGCCAUGUGUAUGAACACUUGCCUGUUACUUACAUUGCUGAAUCCUCCUCAGAGCAAUCACAUGAAGAUAUGACUCCUGAAAAAGAUAAUUUGCUCUCAACCUGGAAGCAGCAGUUUAAUGAUGCUGUCAUGUUGGAGAGCCCAGAUCAAAGAAAAUUGAAUAAUACAUUCCUACGGCUAGCAAAGGCUUUCUGGAGGUUGCUCCUUGCACCAUGGCGAUUACUCUUCGCUUUUGUACCUCCUUAUCAGAUUGCUCAUGGAUGGAUAGCUUUCAUUUUCUCUUUAGUUUUCAUCAGUGGGAUAGCUUACAUUGUGACUAAGCUUACAGAUCUCAUAAGCUGUGUUACAGGUAUCAGUGCUUACGUCAUAGCAUUUACAGCAUUGGCCGCUGGAACAUCAUGGCCAGAUUUAGUGGCAAGCAAGAUUGCAGCAGAGCGGCAAUUAACAGCUGACUCUGCCAUAGCUAACAUCACUUGCAGGCCUAAGUGAUCAAUCAGAACAAAAUGCGAUCCCAGGCUCCGGUUUACUUAUACGUCCUCUUGACUUAGGCAGCACCACCUGUGCAAGCCGUCAGUACUGGCGCAUCAUUUCGGCGCUUGCCAGAACUGUAUUUCCUGGUGAUGAACCUGAUUAGGAACUGAUACGACCCAAAUGCAAGAUUGACCACUCAUCCAAUCAGGGCCUCAGAAAAAAGGAAAACCUACUACUUGAAGGCUCAACUACUAUUGGGCUAAUUAAGGAAGAUGGGUCUGGAGGCCUGAUGCGAAAGAAAUCCAGCAGAAUGGCUACCAGGCCUGUUAAGUUCAGAGACUAUUAUCUAUAAACAAAUAAGUUAUAUAUAAGACAAAGUUUGUUAGGUUUAAAUGUUGGUGAUGACACCUGUCGCAAGAUCUUCAAUUUCUUGUAUUUAAAUUCUGCUUCGUGGAAUGAAAAAGGAUAAAAAACGAUAUUCUGGCUAACAAAUU